UGUUUUGCUAUUAUUUUUAACUUUAUUUGUUUUCUGUUCCCAAGAUAACGACAAUUGUUUUACAAUGAUGAAAGAAGGCGAUCUUUUUGACAACUACGAUGAUGAAUUGCGUGCUUUGAAGAAAUACGAAGCAGAAACUUUCCAACUUUUUGUUGUUGCUAGUGGUCAUUCUAAACUUUCGCCUGAUGACCCUUUGCACGAAUCGCUUAAAUACUCUUCCAUGAAGCUGGUUUGCAAACAUGCUGGGAAUUAUCGCGGCCAUAGAAAAGAAUCUGUGGUGUCGACCAGAAAAACACAGGCAACGUUUAAAACAGGAUGUAAUGCUUAUGUGAAAUUCAAGUUGUUUGGGGAUAAAGUUACGGUUUUAAAGCUUCCUGGUGUGAACGACCAUAAUCACGCGGUUGAAAAGUCGCUAUAUCAUUUCUAUCCAGAGAACCGAAAUCUAAGCGAUGCGGAGAAAAUUGAUGUCGAUUAUUUGGUACAGUGCAACGUUCAGAGGUCUACAAUAUGCAAGUCUGUUAACGAAAAACGGCGAUCUUCGGGUGCUUGCGGGCAAGCUAUAACAAAGGAUAUUCAUAAUUACGUGCACUCUACGAAUUCUCGUUUGCGAAAUGGAAUAACACAUGGAGAAAAUCUCAAAGCUUACUUGCAAGAGUUGGUGAAUCUGAACCCCGAAACUGACAUUCGUCUGGUAAAACAGAAAGACGAAUCAGGAAAUAACAUGUUGCAGAUGCUGUACAUUCAGACUGCUGAGAUGAAAAAGUUACUGUUUGAUCACACCGAAACUAUUUUCAUGGAUAGCACCUACAGAAUCAACUGCGAACAUUAUUGCCUUUACAGCGUGGUGGUUGAGGACGCAAACGGAUUCGGUCAGCCUGUCCUUUUAGCGUUUCUGGCAAACGAAAAACGCCAGACUCUAGUGUCGAUGUUCGAACUACUGAUACAGACGAACCGGGACGCAGUUCAACAAAUUCGAUGCAUAUUCAUUGAUAAGGAUUUUACUCAGAUUGGCGUCCUGAAAGAUUUAUUUCCGACGUCAGAUCUGCUGCUGUGCUGCUUUCACGCCUUGAAGUCAUUUAAAGCGAAAAUAGCUUCAGAAGCCCUGCCUGUAGCUACGAAGACCGACAUACUGCAUCAGUUUAAACGUGUAAUGUAUGCAUACGAUGAUGAGGCGCUAGCAGUGGAAGAAGAGAAUCUGAAAACCAAACUGACCCAGAAAUUAGCGCAAUAUUAUUCGAAAAACUGGGAAAACUCAAAACAGUUUUGGGCGCACGCGUAUCGAAAGCACUUGCCUACACGAGGGAACCGCACCAUAAACAGGAUAGAACGUUGGUUUCUCAUGGUAAAAAGUGCUUUCCGUUAUUCUGGAAGAGCGGUUUGGACGCGAUAUCAUUUAAAAGAGUGCGUGGAAAUUAUAAUUGGUGUUACACUACAGAAGUGGAGCAUUGCGUCGUACAACGAGUACGUAAACGCCUCAAAGCGACUCAUAAUUCACGACUUUCCAAUUAGUGAAUAUGCGGAAGCUGUUGGUCGAGAUCUUACAAAGAUUGCUGCAAAAGUCGUGGAGAAGCAGUUCAGCAUGUAUCUGGUAGAAACAUAUUCCGUAGAAACUGGGGGGCCUAGUGAGUGGAUAGUUAAAGUUGAAGGGACGCCAUGCAGAGAAUACGAAAUUCAAAAGGCGGACAUCAGUUUUUGCUGCACUUGCUUCAUUAAUUGCGCAUUUGGAUUGCCUUGCCGGCAUAUAUUCAGCGUGCGUGGCAUGUUGAAAAAACCAUUGUUCUCAAUGGACGAUGUGAUCGCAAAAUGGCGACGAGCAGUGACCAGUGCGGACACCACCGAUUUGCAUCCAGAUGUUCUGAAGGCUGCUCUUCAAGGAAAGACGGAUGGAUUUCUUAUGGACACUGAACAGCUCAGUCCCGAACGCCCAGCGCACAGCACCUUGGGUCAACGAUAUAAGGCAUCGAAAGAUGUUUGCAAAAGAAUUGCUUCCGUUGCUGCAGGCUUUGGAGGUGCACAAUUUGGAUGUAUCCUCAGCUACUUUAAUAAACUUGAACAGGAACUACUUUGCAGUCGCUUGCCAGAAAUACAGGGUACGGGUAAUAUUGUUGCGGAAGUGAACGAUCGAAAGCGACUCCUAUUACGCAAAGAGCAAGUGCGUCAACCAAAAGGUCGACCCAGCGAAGGAUGCCGGCAUAAGCGUUUCAAGCGGACAGCAAAAACAACUGAUUAAUUAUUAACAACGAAGAAAAGUCCGUAUUAAUUUUGUCUGCUGUUAGUUUUUCAAGGCAGAUGUAUUCAUUUGG